AUCAUUUCCGGGUCAGCAGCUACAGGUUGCUAAGAAGUUGGUGCAGAUGACACGUCAGCUGGCUGUAAAGCAAGUAAAACUGCGACAGCUGCUUAUAAAGCACAAUGUCAUAAACCUCCGCGCUGCAUUUAAACGCGCACUGCCGACUGUUACUGCAUCACAGAUUCACUGAAGAAGAAGACGGCUGCUGGAGCAUCACGCGUGCUGAGAUUGAGAGAGUUCAGCAUCACUCAGUCCUGACUCAUCCCACACGAGAUGAUCAGUGGAUGAGAGAGAGAGAGAGAGCGGACAUGUCGUCCCCGUCGCCGGUGCAGAUCCGCGAGGCGAACGCGCACCUGGCGGCGCUGCACCGGCGGGUCACGGACCUCGAGCACAGGCUGCAGGACGCGGAGAAAACCGUGCGCGAGCAGGCCGAGAGUCUCAUCCGCAAAGACGAGCAACUGAGAGCUGCCACGCAAGACAUCACGGAGGCCAAGGACAAAGAAAUUUUCUUCCUCCAUGAGAAACUUUGUCAAUCAGAGGAAUCCAUCCAUAAACUCAACCAAACGAUUAGGGAAAAAGAUUCUCUAAUCGGACAGUUGCAACACCGAUGUCAGCUGCUGGACAGCAUUUGCAAAAGUCGUCCAUUACUGGACAGCAUGCUGGCCCAGAUGGCCGAGGCAGAGAGGAUGGGGCCUGUCAGUGACUUGGGGAAGCCCACGACCAACAGCUCUCUCACGGACGGAGAGUCCAACUGCAGCCCCAGCCGCCUCUCCAACCACAAAGACUUCUCUCUCAGUGAGGACGACUCUGACGAUCAGGAAUUAGAUGGGGUUGUGUUUGGGACCACAGUAUGAGAGUCUUGAUUCAAUCGCUCCUCGUCUCAGGUUUAGCAGCCUGUGUGUUUUGAUAGUUACAACUGAUUUCAUGUCUGGUUAAAAUAUCCAUUGUAUCAUAAUGCAGGUUACUGGAGUGUGAAUGGGAUUCUGCUGUAAAGAGAGAAUGCUUGGUCAAUUCUAGCUAAAUCUAUGCGCAAAUUGAUGCAUGUAUGCAACAUAUCUUAUAGAUUUGUCCCUCAGACCUCUUCAGUUCUCAUUACUGAAUGGAACAGGCAAAAAAAAAACAAUUUAAGAAAGUCUAACUAGUUGUUUUAUUUUGGUUUAUAACUUGUUUUAUUCAUCCCUUUUUAACUUUAAAUUUGCAUAUGCUCUGAUAUUUUUCUCAGCUGUUUAUACCUUCUGUAUUUAUUGCAUUAUAUAAAUAUUAGAAAAGAAUGUUUUUAAAUUUACAUUUGAAAUGACCUGUUACAUGCAGUCCACCUACUGUUUCUUUCU